AUGGGCAAGCCGUUUUUGAGGCUGCUCUACUACUACAUUGACGAGUGGAUGGCCGGAAAGCGGGAGAUCGAGGCAUUAUGUGCUCCAUAUCGAGCGAGAAUCGGAGCCGAGGACUCUGAUUCUGACGGCCGGUUUGACAUGGAGCACUACGUCUUGCCGCGGUUGGUCAAAAAGCUCGACCUGGCGAAGGGAGCUGACGGCAGCUUUCACGGGCAAUUGAAACGCGAUGAUGGGAAAGUGCUGGAGGUGGAAGCGCACGAGGAAGAAAUUUCGUUCUUGGCCGACGGGGCGUCGCUCGAUCCCUUUACUUCGUUUCUUAAAUUGGGGAGGGAGCUCGGAAAA